GCGAGCCAGGGCGACGGCUGUGGGCCGAGGGCGGCGAGUGACAGGUCGCGACGGGGCCAGAGCCGGGGUCGGGGCUAGUACUGGGGUCUCUGGGGACUAGCUUCUGUGCUUCUCUCGCUCGUCCCACCGCGGUGACUUUCAUGGGCCGCGGGCCCCCAGCUCCAGGGUGGCUGAAGCGGGCCGUGUGAGGCGGGCGGCAGAGGCGGCGGGUGGCUGAGGCCGAGGGAGACUGAGGCGAGCGAGGCCCGGGCCCAGCCGGGCACUGAGGGAGGGCGGCGAUGUUCGUGCAAGAGGAGAAGAUCUUCGCCAGGAAAGUCCUGAGGCUUCACAUCUGCACCAUGGAAGGCACCGAGUGGCUGGAGGAGGUCACCGAGGAUACCACGGUGGAGAAGCUCAAGGAGCGCUGCCUCAAACACUGUGUUCAUGGGAAUUUAGAAGACCCCAAAAGUGUAACACACCAUAAAUUAAUACAUGCUGCUUCAGAGAGGGUCCUGACAGACACCAAAACUAUCUUAGAAGAAAACAUUCAAGAUAAAGAUGUCUUAUUAUUGGUUAAAAAACGAGCUCCUCCUCCUCCUCCUAAGAUGACUGACGUUUCAGCUGAGGAAAAGAAAAAGCAAGAACAGAAAGCUCCAGAUAAAGAUGCUAUUCUCAAAGCGACAGCAAAUAUUCCCUCCCAUAGUGUGGACAGGACUGUGGCCCAUCAUAGCAUGAGAGAUUUCCAGACAGAACUCAGAAAGAUCUUGGUUUCACUUAUAGAGGUGGCACAGAAAUUGUUAGCACUGAACCCUGAUGCAGUUGAAUUAUUUAAAAAGGCAAAUGCAAUGUUGGAUGAGGAUGAUGAUGACCGAGUAGAUGAAGUGGCUUUAAGACAACUUACAGAAAUGGGCUUCCCUGAGAACAGAGCUGUGAAAGCACUUCGUCUCAAUCACAUGUCGGUAACACAGGCCAUGGAGUGGUUGAUAGAACAUGCAGAAGAUCCAACUGUGGACACGCCUCUUCCAGGUCAAGUUUCAUUAGAAGCUGCAGGUGCUUCUGCCUCCUCCUCUCAAGCUUCUGGUGGACCUAAUACAGAAGGGGAGGAAGUCAAGGAUGAGCUAACAGAAAUCUUCAAGAAGAUCCGUAGGAAAAGAGAAUUUCGGCCAGAUCCACGAGCCGUCAUUGCUCUGAUGGAAAUGGGAUUUGAUGAAAAGGAAGUGGUAGAUGCACUGAAAGUAAACAACAACCAGCAGAAUGCAGCAUGUGAAUGGCUGCUGGGAGACAGAAAACCCUCACCAGAAGAUUUAGAUAAGGGAAUUGAUCCAGACAGUCCUCUCUUCCAAGCCAUCCUUGACAACCCAGUUGUGCAGUUAGGACUAACUAAUCCUAAAACCUUGUUAGCAUUUGAAGAUAUGCUUGAAAACCCAUUAAAUAGCACACAAUGGAUGAAUGACCCUGAGACAGGACCUGUCAUGCUACAGAUCUCCAGGAUCUUUCAGACACUGAACCGCACCUAGUGUGAUGGACAUCCCUCCAGUCUGCUGUUCCCGCUGCCCACAGCUUCAGGUUCCUCAGAGAAGAAGAAGCCGAGGAUUUGGGGGGAGGGGAAGAAAAAUAGCUUUUGGUAUUUGGCUAGAGGCCUUCUUAGUUAUACUUCUCAAACAAGAAAGAGUGUAGCUUAUGGCCAGCUCGAAAUGUAGUUGCCUUAUGGAUUUAUUGGUAGUGGAAGAAGAGUUUGCAUUCAGUUAGAUGGAAUUAAAAAAUCCAUAUCUUGAAAAAUACUGAUGCAAAUGACUUACAUAGGAUUGUUUGAGACAAUAAUGACUGCUCUGGUUUUAUAUCUUAUUGCUUUAAAAAAAAGAAUCUGUGAGGGUAGUUUACAAGUCAGUAUUUUUAGCAUCUGACUGAUGUUUACAAAAAGUGACUGACCACUUCAGUGAGGAAUUAAAUGAUAUACUCAUCUCUAAAGAGUAUUAAGUUAUGAUUAUUAAAAUGAAAUGCUAUUUGAAUUGACCCUUAGAGUUUGAUUUUUAAAUCUAGAUGUUAUUUGAGAGAGCAUGUUUCAAUCCAAACUGUUAACAUCAGACAUACUAAUUUAAGUAGAUUAAUUCAUAGGUUAAAUUUUUUUUAAUAAAUAGUUUUCCUUUUUCCUAUUUUCUGUGUUAGUGUUGUUCUAGUACCCAAAGAAAAAGUGUUACAUUACUUUAAACAAUUCACAUCUCACUAUAUUAAAGAUGCAGUAUUUUUUUCUCUAACAGUUCAUUUUGCCACACCAAUAUUUUUAAUAUCUACAGGGGUAGAUUUUAUUAAUAUGUAGACACAUUUUGGUGGCGCAAAAGGGUGUUUUAAUUUAAUGAUUUUAGUUUAAUGAGUUUAAAAAAGUCAAUAGAACACAAUUCUUCACAUCCCCCAUAGCAUAUAUCUUAAGGAAAAGCAAACUGUUACAGGCAUUAAGCUAAUACCUUUUCUGUCUCUUUGCCCUCUUUUUAAAUUAAAAAAAAAAUCCUCUGUUCAUUGUAAUUGCCAGAAGUAGUUGUCUUCUGAGGAUGUUUUGGUUACUAACAUUCUUUUGAAGGCAGCCAAAUAACAUCUGCCUUAUUGCACUAACAUAUUUGCCUUGAUUAUUGGCACCUAAGUAUUACCUGGCAUUAGUUGGCUUACACAUUGUGGAGUUACCAUUCUUCCAUAAAUAGCCAAUUACUAUAGAAGUCUUAUAGCUGAGAUGACCAGGUCGUUUUUAUCUUGCUGACCAGGUAUCUUCAUGGUUUUAGCAAUAUCAAGAAUGAUUCUUGCAGUUCUUUUAGGCAUUUUCUGGUUCCUAUGUUUGUUUGGAAAAAAGAUCUCUUGUAAGACACUCCUGAACAUAUGUGUGAAGUGUUGCAAUGUAUCUGUUCUCUGAUAAUUUGUUCUCAUUUUUUCCCUCCAUGCUUUAACUUGAAAGUGACUUGGAGUUUGUGUUGUUGUUUUUUUUAACUCAGAGUUCUUAAUUCAUUUAUUUUUAACUUGAAAAUCUGUGGAAUAAAUUAUUUUCCUUUUUUUCCUCUUCCUUGAUAGGGUAAUAUUCCCCCUGCUACUUCUCCCACUCAAAAGAGUAAGUUUACAAGUCAGUAUUUUUAGCAUCUGACCAGUUUGCAAAGAGUGACUGACUACAUAAGUGAGGAAUUUAAUGAUAUAUUCAUCUCUGAAGAGGAAUUUACCUCUUCCUCUUCAAAAAAAUUAUGGGGGGAUCCUAUACUUCAAAAAAGAUUAGUGAUUUAUUAAUAUACAAAGUACUAACAUAUUACCUAUUUGAUUCUAUAUAAUAUUUAUGAAAGAGUAAAAUAUCUUAGAUAUACAAAAUCCAUGUUACAAUGUAAAGUUUGGCAUUUAGUACAAUAGGAAUUUUUCUUUUGUACUACAGAAUGAUUUUUACUUUGUAUAAAAUUUAUCCAAAUAGUACACAAUAACCCUUAUUAAAGGACCUCUCCUCCCAGGUUGUGAAAAUUUCCUGAGUUCAUUAUUCCUUCUGUAUACAGAUUUUCAAGAGCCCUGAUUAAGAAAAAUUAACUAUUUCAUAAGCUUAAUCUAGACUCUAAUUCACUUGUAUAAACUGGAAUUACUAUGAAAAAACAAAGCUGUUUUAUAGCCAAA